AAUAAAAUUGAUUUCAAAUUCAAAUCUCUCAACGACCACCACAGCGCACCGGCUAGAUCUAUUCCUACAUCGAAAGAAAGGGAGGAGAGCCAGGCAGGCAGUCAACCCUCUUCCCUCCCACACAAAACGCAAACUACCCGCCACCGUCGGCAACUACUUUCCUUUCGUCGUCGUCCCCGGCUCCUCCACUUCACCACCACGACCGGACGGACCCGGAUGUCUUCGCCCGCACAUCCACCCCAUACCCGCAAAUCCGCAGCAAACGCUUGCAGCGGCGGAGACAGUUGGUAGCCGCGAUCGAGAGGCGACGGGUAACCUGCCCCGCCGCGGCCGCGGCGUAUAUAUUACCACCCCAAAAUUCCAGGAGACGACGAGGCGCCGAUCCGUAGCGGCGCCGAGGGCGAUAUCGAGGAGCCGCUGGUCUCACGCCGCACCGAGACAAUGGCAGACCAGUUAGGGUCUUACACAAUUAGAUCCCAUGGAAUGAUAUUGGCAAGAUUACACAUGUAUGACUGGAUAAUACUUCUCCUCCUUGCUGUCAUAGACGGGCUGUUGAAUAUAAUUGAACCAUUUCACCGUUUUGUUGGAAAAGACAUGAUGACCGACUUGAGAUAUCCUAUGAAGGGCAAUACAGUGCCAUUUUGGGCUGUUCCACUGAUUGGAAUUAUACUGCCUUGGGCCAUCUUUGUUGGAAUUUACUUCAAGAAGAACAAUUUUUAUGAUCUGCACCAUGGCAUACUGGGGAUUCUAUACUCAGUGCUCAUAACUGCAGUGAUUACUGAUGCAAUUAAGGAUGGUGUUGGACGGCCUCGUCCAGAUUUUUUCUGGCGCUGUUUCCCUGAUGGAAAUGAUGUUUAUGAUAACAUCACUACUGGUGUUAUAUGCAAUGGAGUGAAGAGCGUAAUCAAGGAAGGCCACAAGAGCUUUCCCAGUGGACACACUUCAUGGUCUUUUGCUGGUCUAGGCUUCCUUGCAUGGUACUUAGCUGGGAAACUCACGGCUUUUGAUCGCAAAGGACAUAUUCGGAAGCUAUGCAUUGUGUUUCUGCCUCUUCUUACUGCUGCGCUUGUGGCUGUUUCUCGAGUGGAUGACUACUGGCAUCAUUGGCAAGAUGUAUUUGCAGGGGGUCUUAUAGGUCUUACAGUUGCUUCAUUUUGCUAUCUACAGUUUUUUCCAUAUCCUUUUGAUGGCGAUGCUUUGUGGCCUCACGCAUACACUGUCCAGUUAGCCGAGGAAGGGAGCAGCAGAAAUACAAACUCCUACAGCGUGAGACCAGCCGAGAUCGAAACAGUCAAUAUUCCUGGUCACGGUGGGAUCACCCUAAGAGAUACUCUAAAUGAUAUGGAGUCUGGUAGCGGCAGGAGAUUGUGAAUGAGUCUGGAAGUUUUGAACCAUAUACCAUGAGAGCUGCUUGCAAUAUAUACACAAGUAGAUCUAUUGUAGAGCUGUUGAGUGCUGCCACCGUGAUAGGAGAGGGUUGUUUAGAUGGGUCUGUCACUAAAUUACUUGGUAGGGGUGUUGUAUCUUCUGACAACCUUUGGCCUUUCUUUAUACUCCACCUGUGGUUAAAGUUUGUUUGCUUACGAACUCUUUGAUGUCAGCUUGGUCGUUGCAUUCAGCAACCAUGAUCUAACCAUCGUGAAUUGAAAAUUUUGUCGCCAAA